UCCAUUGUCAAUAAUAUAGAAUGUUUUCACGCACCAGUGCCCGUUGUUUUACACAAGUUCGCAGUUACGCCACUAAAAAGAAGCUCGUUCGUCACAACCCCGAUGCUGUUGAACUUUCACAGGCUGUUCAAAUUUUAAAAGCAUUUGAGGUAGGUAACCCCAGUCAUCAAAUCGAAGCCCAUGUGCAAUGUAAAAUCGAAAAGUCCACUCCCUUGAUUCGUGGAUCUAUUGUUUUGCCCAAAAAUAUCAAGCAAGAAGCUACUAUUUUAGUGUUUGCCACCGGUAAAAAGGCCGAUGAAGCCAGAGCUGCUGGUGCCCACUUUGUGGGUGGUGAGGAAUUGAUUGAGCAAGUUCAAAAUGGUGAAUUAAAGUUUGACAAGUGUAUUGCCACACCUCAAAUGUUUCCCAAGGUUACCAAAAUUGCUCGUAUUUUGGGUCCCAAGGGCUUAAUGCCUACCGUCAAGAAGGGCACUGUUACUGACGAUAUUACCAACACUGUCACUACAUCCAAGGGAGCAUUUGAUUUUAAGGGUGAUAAAUUUGGUGUUUUGCAUACAGGUAUCGGUAAAGUCAAUUUUGAAGAAAAGGAUAUCGAGGCCAAUCUCAAGGCAAUUCUCGAAGAAUUAAAGGUGUUUGGAAAGACCAACAACUUGAAAGCUUUUAUUCAAAACGUAGUUAUCUCAUCAACCCGUGGACCUGGUAUUGUUAUUGCUGGUGCGUUAAGAAGACUUUGCAGACCUUUAGCUGCACGCAGUUUUAGCACCAGUGCCGUCAAGGCCAGUUCUUCUCAUGGCUUAUUGAGAAUGAAAGAAUAUUACGAUCAUACCCUGUCUGAAGAUUUAAUGGUAUUAGGUUAUGAUCACACUCGUGUUGCACCCCCUACUUCAAGAUAUCCCGACCUUGAAGCACAAAUUAAAAACGCCUUAGAGACAGAACAACAACAACAACAACAAAAAACUGUACAAUCUUCCACAUAUAACCCUGACGCUGUUCGUACUCGUAAAGGUGGUAAACCUGUCAAACCCAUUCAACCCCUUAAGAGCGCUAAAGUGAUCCCCAGUCUCGAUAAAAUCACACUUCAUGCCAUGAUUAAGGAUUCUAUCAACAGCAAGAGUAAUUUAUUAUCUGCCUUUAUGGCAUUCCAAAGUAUCACAGGUAUCCGACCUGAUGUUGUAUAUGCAAGAAACUCUGUUGCUAAUUGGAAAUUACGUGAGGGUAUGCCCGUAGGUGUAAAGGUGACUCUUCGUGGCGAAGAAAUGUAUCAAUUCAUGGAUAAAUUAGUCGAAAUUGUUCUUCCUCGUCUUAAAGAAUGGCCUGGCCUUUCAAUGACAGCUGGUGAUGGUAACGGUAAUAUCGCACUUGGUUUCCCUCCUUCUGCUCUUGCUCUUUUCCCUGAAAUUGAAGGCUCAUUUGAUGUCUACCCCAAAAUGACUGGUUUCGAUGUCAUCUUCAACACCACUGCUUAUACAAACACAGAUGGUCGUUUAUUACUUUCCGCUUUCUCUGUACCAUUCACCACUUCUAAGAAAUAAUCUCCUGCACUUUUUUUUAAAAGAUCAAAUAAAAAAAAAAAUAUUAAAAAUUUAGAC